CCUCACUCUACUUCUCUGUGCUCUCUCUCUCUUGAGAAGUGAGAAAUUUCUCCUCGAGAAGUGUUGGAAUUUGUAACAAAACAAGAGCACAAACCAGAGUGACAACAUUGCUAAUCCCAAGGAUCUUUUUGUCUGCCAUCAUUUUUGCUUGUGGGGUAGAUACUAGUUGUUUUAAUCCCCUGGAAAAACAGGGAGGUCCUGAACUCGCUUCUCGGGUGGUGGAAGCCAAAGCACUAUUCUGGGGAGUGGGUAUUGUUAGUGAUUACAGACUAUAGGAUUGGGGAACUAGCGCAUAACGUGUUUGCUAAGGUUAGUUACUGCUAUCAUUUCCCCUGUCACAACAUCUUCAUUUGAUUGAUAUUUGAAGGAAUUUGAAAGUAUGAAAGAAAUUGAGAAGAGAAAAGCUUCAAGAAAUAGUCAGACAAAGGGUUCAAGAAAAACCGAAAGGAGAGAGAGUAAAUUGCAACAAGAUAAUUCUUCAAAAAAAUUGAGUGAAAAAGGAAUUGAAUCUAAGACACUCCAUGAUAGUAGACCAACUGCAAAUAAUACUAUAAGUGAUUCCAACACGGCCUCAGAGAAUUCAGAAACUUAUGAAAAUGUGGUUAUACAUUACCUGGACGAUGUCAACAGGUCUGAGGAGGCACUUGCCAAGAUCAAAGUUAAUGAAAUGGUUGCUAGUGAAAACAAAAAUGAAGUGGCUGAUGAUCAUUCUACUGAUUUGGAGAAAGAGCAAAAGGAAGGCAAUGACGAAGUAUCAGAUGCUGAGACAGUAAAGGAUUCAGUAUCUUCCCAAGGUGAUUCUUUGACAACUGAGGAUGAGAGAACUGAAGUGGCUUCAAAAGAUCCUAAAGGUAAGGUUAGAGUUAAUCCUCCAGAAAACAACCGUGUUUCAAAGGAGAGAUCUGAUAAAAAAGAAAAUAAAUUGCAAUCAAAGGUAUCACAUGGCAAUCAAAAGAAACCUAUGAACCCAAAUAAAGGGCCCUCCAGAGUUGCAGACAAAAAUAUUUCCUCAACCAAUUCUAAGACUUUGAAAGUUCCUGUAAAUGCUUUGUCAGAAUCUUCUGAAGGUGUUGAUGAAAAACCUGUUCAAGAGAUCAAGGAACUUGAUAUUGUGGAUGGAUCCCCCAAUGGUGCUCAGAGCAUAGGAAUUGAAUAUGAAAGUCAUGAAACGGUUAAUGCUGAAAAAAAUGAUGAACAUGAGGAUGAGGCAGCUGUGGAAUUAAAAAUUGACGAAAUGCAAUUACGAAUUGAAAAGCUUGAAGAGGAACUUAGAGAAGUUGCUGCUCUUGAAGUGUCACUUUAUUCUAUUGUACCAGAGCAUGGAAGCUCAGGACACAAGGUGCACACACCAGCUCGACGCCUUUCUAGGCUCUAUAUACAUGCUUGUAAGCAUUGGACCCAAAAAAGGAGAGCCACAAUUGCCAAGAAUACUGUUUCUGGCCUCAUUUUGGUUGCUAAGUCUUGUGGUAAUGAUGUUUCAAGGUUAACUUUCUGGUUGUCAAAUACCGUUGUACUGAGAGAGAUAAUUUCACAAGCUUUUGGGAAUUCAUGUCAAGCUAGUCCCUUUAAAAGGUUGGCUGAGUCAAAUGGGACUGGCAAGAGAAAUGAUGGGAAGUAUACUGCACUGAAACGGAAGAGUAGCUCCAAUGGUAAACCAGGAAGUGGUUUUAUGCCUCUCGUUGAAGAUUGGCAAGAGACAGGAACCUUUACCUUUGCUUUAGAAAGAGUAGAAUCAUGGAUCUUUUCUCGGAUAGUGGAGUCAGUGUGGUGGCAGGCUUUGACUCCCUAUAUGCAGUCUCCAGAUGGGGAUUCUUCAAAUAAAUCUAUUGGGAAGCUGAUGGGACCUGCUCUGGGUGAUCAAAAUCAAGGAAAUUUUUCCAUCAAUCUUUGGAGAAAUGCUUUCCAAGAUGCCUUUCAACGACUCUGUCCUGUUCGAGCAGGAGGACAUGAGUGUGGUUGUUUGCCCGUAUUGGCUAGAAUGGUCAUGGAACAAUGCAUAGCUAGACUAGACAUUGCUAUGUUCAAUGCUAUUCUUCGGGAGUCGGCCCUUGAGAUCCCAACUGAUCCUAUAUCAGACCCUAUUGUGGAUUCAAAGGUUUUGCCAAUUCCAGCUGGGGAUUUAAGCUUUGGUUCUGGUGCACAGCUAAAAAAUUCUGUUGGCAAUUGGUCUAGAUGGCUUACUGACAUGUUUGGCAUGGAUGUUGAAGAUUGUGUACAAGAAGAUCAGGAGGAGAAGGGUGAGAAUGAUGAAAAGCAGGGUGGGGCUGGUGAACCUAAGUCUUUUGUUCUCCUAAACGACUUGAGUGACCUUCUGAUGCUGCCUAAAGACAUGCUUAUAGAUAGAAAAAUCAGACAGGAGGUGUGUCCUUCCAUCAGUCUGUCAUUGGUUAUACGGAUUCUCUGUAACUUCACUCCUGAUGAAUUCUGUCCAGACUUUGUUCCAGGAACUGUAUUGGAGGCCCUGAACGCAGAGACUAUUAUAGAGCGAAGAUUGUCAUCAGAAGCUGGAAGAAGCUUCCCCUAUGUAGCUGCUCCUGUUCUGUACAAGCCUCCCUCCUCUGGUAAUGUGGCAGAGAAAGUUGCAGAGGCUGGAGGAAAGUCUCACUUGGGAAGAAAUGUAUCAGAUGUUAAGAGAAGAGGAUACACCAGUGAUGAAGAGCUAGAGGAACUUGAUUCCCCUCUUACAUCCAUCAUUGAUAAGCUUCCUUCAUCUCCAUCAGUCACUCAUAAUGGUAAAGGUAGUCACAAAGAACAAGGGGGCCACCCCACCACAAAUUCUAGAUACCAACUCUUACGUGAAGUUUGGUCCAUGUGAGCCUUGUAAGUUCCACAUGCGUAGAUACCUACCAUGGAAAAAAAUCACCAUAGUGAACUGAGAAAAUUGAAAAGAAAUGAAAUACAGAGAUUUAGAUACUUUGAGAAUGUUCAUCAAUAGCAGAGUUUGUAAGCCUGCAGUUUUAUUUUUUUGUAUAUAAACAUAAGUCAUUACAUCUUUCUGUUUUAGUAUUAGCAUGCAAGAUACAUUUGUAAUAGAAAAUUUUAAUAUUUAUUUAUUGUUAUAUUGAUUAUACAAAAUUUUACAAUUUCCUAAA